CUUCGCGCAUUGACAUGGCGACCGCGCCAGGUCCAACAUAUCUCCAGUCCUUUGUAGGAGGCAUCGGUCUCGCUCUCCCCGUCCAUACCUUGCUUGUUUUGAACGGCAAUGUCUUUGGUAUCUCGGGGUUCUUGCAUCGUGCGGUUAGAGGCCAAGUCGAGGGCGCGGUGUCCGUGCUGGGUCUGGUACUGGGAGGUGCGCUCGUUGGGCUGCUUGAAGGCGCGGGUAGGGCGCCGAGAAUGUUCGAUGCGGCUGGGCCUACGGUCAUGAUCUCGGGUUUGCUUGUUGGACUGGGGACGAAGAUGGCGAACGGGUGUACUUCUGGACAUAUGAUCUGCGGAAUGUCAAGACUGUCCCCUCGCUCCAUCGUAGCCACCGCCACAUUCAUGCUCACUGGGUUUCUCACAACUCGCGCCCUUCACUCUAUGUCCUUACCAUCGCUCGGCCAACCCGAUUUUACACUCGGGCCACAUGGUGUGGCGUUCGUCACCGGUUGCGGUCUCUCCCUCCUAAGUGCCAUCGGCCUUUCAUACCUACUCGGCCCCCGAUCAACACCUCAAAAGACUGCAUCCUCUCAACCAACCCCCACCUCCAAACCACCCCGCCUGCUCAUCUCCCUGUUCACCUCCACCUCCUUCGCCUUCUCCCUCCGUCUCGCAAACAUGACCUCCCCACUCCGCGUGCUCGGUUUCCUCGUCCUUCCUCCACACCCAUCGUUCGACCCCUCGCUUGCCGUUCUCGCCGUCGGGGCCCUGCCACUAACCAUGCUGCUGUACCAAACGCAUAUCCGGAGCCAGAGAAAGAAGGGAGUAGGUUCUUCUGGUGUUGAGGCGAAAGCGCAAGUGGCAGCGAAAGCGAAGAUAGACUGGAGACUUGUGACGGGAGCUGCGCUGUUUGGCGUCGGGUGGGGUAUGGAGGGCGUCUGUCCCGGUCCUGCACUCGUCAAUUUCGGCCAAGCCCUCGUGACGCGCUCAGGUAUCCAACCCGUUGCGAUCUGGCUCCUCUCGUUCGUCGUCGGAGGGUUCCUCGCGCCUUCAUGACCUCUCACCGGCCUAUAUAUGCUCCAUUCAAGACGCACCUCAUCUCAUCAUCUCAUAUCCAACGCUCCCGCUCACCUACAUUCCACAUCCAUCCAUACUCAGCACCCAACCACCACUCAAACGC